AUGUAUAAAAUAUUACUCUCUAUAUUUGCAAUAAUAUUUUCGUCAGUUAAUGCUGGCCAUAAAUGUCUUUGGAUUCAUGGAAAAGUUAUUUGUCACAAAGAUUCCACCAAAAAUAUAAAUGUUGAAAUUCGUGCCUACGAUCGCGAUGGCAUAUCGAUAGCACAAAUUAUAGAUCCAGAUGACCUAAUGGCGAUCACAUUUACGAAUGAGGAUGGCACGUUUACUCUGGAUGGAUGUGGUGACGAUCAUGAUUGGAUACCUGGUAUAAUGAACGAUCCUGAACCUUAUCUCCAGAUUCUACAUUACUGUAAUAAUGAAAAUGGCGAUGUGGUACGAAUGCCUCUUAAACGCAUAUUUGCACCAGACAGUUACGAUCUAGGCACCAUAGAUUUAGAUAUAAAAGAAGUUAAUGCAGCAAAUUUAACAAAGAAUUAA